UUUGCAUCUGUCCUCAGUCUUGAAAGUCCCCUCCCGACUGGGGUUUGCCCUGGGAUUUAGGGGGACUUUUGAGCCAUGGGCGCAGAGAUCCACCAGUGUUUUGCAUCCUAUGCAGCCAUGAGUCAGACAGAAGGGCUGGGGGAGAUCUCUCAAGGUUUGCUCCUGGUCUUGGAGAAACUCAAGCAAUUUGCAGGCGGUUCCGUAAAGAGAUGUAAAGAUAAAAAUCUGGAGGAGGCGCAUCAGCUAUUGUCAGCAGUGAGCAAAGGAUUAUGGGUCCUGGACCGCAGCCACGUUCUCCCUCUGGUGAAGUGCGUGCUUGCUUUGCAGAUGGAGACGACAAACAAUUCCAGCUCUUUCCUGCGUCUUGAGAAGUUGGUUGCAACGUUGUCCGAAGGCGAUGAGGCACUGGUCUCCGAACAGCUAAACCAGCUUAUGAGCAGCCUUGUUGAGCACAAAGAGGCGCUGUCUCCUGGCAGUCUCCAGACAGUGUGUAUGUUUAUAGAGGAGAGCAUGCUGGGACGAUCCUACUGGCAAAACAACCUGAUGCAGCUGCUGAAAUGCAUUGCUGCCACGUUCGAUUCGAUGUCGCAGGAACAGAUCUCCAGGAAUGAACAAUGGUGUUACAUCACAGUGAAGACUUGCCUGCAGCUUUUCAAGUUGAUGCCAAAAGAGGUUGCACCUCUUGUGUGGGAUGGAACUGGGGACAGCAAAGCUCUGCAAAGCAUUCUGGGAUCUUUGGUGCACAUCGUAAUGGGAAAGGCAGCCUGCAGGGACAUCCGUAUGCUGGCUGGGACAGCUGUGAGCAUGCUCGUCAACACAGCCCCUGAACCCUGUAGAGGAGCUGCAGCAGUGCUGGAACUCUAUCACCUGUUGAAUGCAGGCGAAGGCCAGUUUGGGAUGCUCAGUUUGCCUUCGCGCGCUUGGGAUUCAGACGGACUGGAGAGGCUGGUGCUGACACGGGGCUUGUUGGCUAGCUGCAAGAGGGAGAUCCUGAGCUGCCUCUUGGAUGGUACUCAACAACAGGUUGCUUGCAGUCAGUGGGAAGGAAGCCAACUGGAUAAUACCCAAAGGAGAGAUGGUCAAGCCAAGGGGUGGACAAGGAAAAAUGCAGGUUUGGCCAAGGCUUGUCUGUUGCUGGACGUGCUGCUUCCAGCUGUUUUAAUCCUGAUGGAAAAGCAGAAGGAUUGUCUUUACUACUGCUUCCAAGUCUUUACCCUGUGGCUUCAGCGUUUCCAAGAGAGCCUGGAUGAGAUUUGGAAAGUGAAAGAGAGUCGUAUAUUGGAUGGGAACUCCAGGCUACUCCAGGAACUGACCCAGUUCCUCUGGAACAAUGCAGAGAGCCCGGUGGAGGGGGUGUCAGAUUUCAUACACAGUUCCUUUCAACACCUUCUGGAGAUCUACAGUCUAGAGUGUGACCAUUUUAAGGACACGGAGAGACCGCUCUAUGAACAAUUCCUCCAGAGAGUCCUUUGCUUGCCCUGGCAGGCAAAAGCCCGAUACGUUCCUCUUUGUGCAAUUCUUCCUUACCUGGGUCCUGGAAAAGUGUUGGAUACCUACAAGGAUCUGCCCCAGCACCUCCUGAGCUGCCUUUCGACCAAUCACCUGUGUCCCGCUGCCUCCGAUUUGUAUAAAACCAUUCUGCAACAGCAACGCAAAGUCUGGACAGAGGAACAGGAAGACGUCUCAGAGGAAGAACUCGCCCGCAAGUGGGGCCAGCACUGGCUGCCAACCCUCACCUGUGGCUUGACCUCUUCCAACUCUUUCCUUCAGAGUAACACCUCCAACUACCUCCUUGUGUGGACAUUACGGCUCUUCCCCGCCUCUUAUGCUUUGCUGGCUGAAGGCUUCAAGGGCAAAGAUUCCACCCAGAUUCAUGCCUGGGUCACCUUGUUGAACAUUCAGAAGACUGUCACAGGGGUCUUGCCUGCAGGCCAGGAGACCUUGGAGCGACUCUCCGCCUGCCUCUGUGCGAAAGAGGACAACAUUCGCCUGGCAGCAUUGAGUCUUCUGUGCUCCAGUCCCAGAACCAACCAGUCGUUGUCCGUGAUGGACAUCCAGCUCCUUAAGGAAUUGUUGCCACUCAACUUGAAUUGUGACUCCUCUUCUUUCCGCCAGUUCCUCCAAGCCUCAGUGAAAAAGGCUCUGGUGCGGCUAAGAGACAGCUCAUUGGCCGCACUCCGACAGCGUAUGAAAAACAAGGAGUGCUCGACUGGGGAAGAUCUUCAGAGCCCCGUGGUUCGAGCAGUGGAUUUUGUGGAAUGGCUGCUGCAGCUCUGCGCUUCCUCUCUGAUGUCGGGGUCCAACUUCCAGAGGCGGAAAUCAGCCCUCCUCCUCCUGGCGGCUGUCCUGGAAACCUGCACUGACAGCUGGAGUCCAGAGCGCAAGAAGGGGCAGCCUCCUCGCAAUAUGGCUGCGCUUCUGAGCAGGGCCAAGAGCAAAGGAUGCUGGGAUUUUUUCUCCAGAAGCAAUACACUGAUGCUGCUGAGCUGCUUGCAGGACAGCACGAACGAGAUCCGUGAAUUGGCAGCUGAGCUCCUUGUUAGUUACUUCCCACCAGCUUUCCCAGAAUCCAUUGCUGUGGCUCUAUUUGAGCGUGCGCUGGAAGCCGUGAGCAGCCCCAGAGUUCCCGAGGCUGAAGCAGGAGCUGUUAUGAUGAAAACCGUCUUCCAAAAGUCGGACACCUGUACCUUGAAACGCAUUUUGGCCAAGCAAGAACAGGCAGUGGAAUGUCAACACCUCAGCUUCAUCGAGUACCUCCUUGGCGUGCUGCAGGUUCAUAUCUCCAGCGCUCACCGUGACUUGUUACAAGCAGCCCAUUCCACACCCAUACACGGAGUGGUUUUGGCUCUCCGGCGAUGUCUGUUGGAGGUGCCAGCGGUAGUUGCCUCUAUGUCAGAAGCGCGACUUGUGCAAUGUUGGCGGGAUUUCCUUAGCCGCUUGGUGGAGAGUGUGAGAGAUGCUGUUCGCUUGCUCCUAGGGAUGCUGCAGGGCAAACAAGCAUCGAGCUGCAGCCAGGAAGCUGUUGCACCUUCAUUUGCGGACGUGGGGAAUGCGAUCGGCAGUCUCAUCCAGCUCGGGAAGGACCCGGGCCAGGAAGACGAGGAGGAUCCCAUUCUGCUGUCGGAGGAGCACAGUCUCGUUCUGACCUGCUGCUGGGUCUCUGUGAAAGAAAUUGGACUGCUCUUGGGAGGCCUUGCAGAGAAAAUUUUGCUUCUACCACCACAAGUGGGAUGUGGACCUCUCCUGCCACUUCCUGUGGUCAAGAUGGCCUCUGAAGGGUUUCAGGAGAUCUUACUGAGGUGCCGGCACUGGGGAGCCGUGGAGGGCUGCAGUGUGGGAUUCACCAAGUUCUGUGCCACACUGCUGAGCCUCCCUGACCUAGAGCUUCAAGAGGUGCCCAAGGCAAUCCUAGAACAGGGCCUGGUAUUGCUCAGCAGUCCCAGGAGCAGCUCCAUUACGCGAAGGGCGGCUGGAUUCCCCAUGCUCUUCUUAUGCAUUCUGGCUGGGGAGGGCCCCACCAAGUCACGCCCUCUGCUCACGCACGGCUGUCAGACUUUGCUGGCCUUAGCCAGCAUGCCUCUGUCCCAAGACUGGAACCAGACCCUGGACUUGCCUCAGGUUUCGGCUGUGCAUGUGUUACAAACACUGGUCCGGGGUUCUGAGCUUGGGGCAGCCCUACGCCAGUACGUCACACCCAUGGUGAUUCUAGUCCUCAAGGCCCUCGACUCCCCUAGCUGGGCCAUGAGAAACGCUGCCAUCCAGCUCUUUGGUGCCUUAACUGUCCGCCUACUUGGCCAAAAGCGAAGUCGGGGUGACAGCCACAUACAUGGCGGGGUGAGCCCUGAGGCGCUUUUCAGCCUCUACCCCCAGCUGAAGCACAUCCUGCUUGAAGAGCUCUCCUCGGCUGUGGCGGCAUCAGGAGAGCUCCGGGACGGGAAGUUUCCCCUCUGCCCUGCCCUUUAUGCCAUCCUCACCUUUCUGGCCAAACUCCAGCCUAGCGCAGAUGGUGUGAACAGCAGUUCCCGUUGCUUCCUGGAACCCUUGAUCGGGCUUGCAGGAAAUCCCAUUUAUGCGGCACGGGUGAUGGCUGCCAGAGCCCUGGUACCUCUUGUUCCUGCAGCAGAAUACGGGACCCUCCUCUUGCGACUGACCUCAGAUUUGCCACAGCCCGGUGAUGCCUUUUCCCACAAUGCACUGCAUGGACAACUGCUACAGAUUGAAUCUGUGUUGGCCCACGCGUUGCGUGUGAACCACCUGUCUCCUGACACACUGUUAUCCGUCACUUGCCAACUGGAAGAUCGUCUCUGGUUGGUCACUUCUGUGCAGCAGUGUCCUCUGGUUCGGUUGGCCUACCUCCAGGUGGUGUCCCUUCUGGUUGGAACCAGUCCCUGUGACUUUGCACAGAGAGUUUGGGUAGCUGUGAGAGGUGAACUGGAUCACUCUAAGCCAGUGGAGAAGGCUGGCUUAUCUCAUGUUCAGGUUGGUUCCGUAACAUUCUGCCAACUUGCUGUCCGCUUCCUCUGCAAUGAGGGAACCAGGCUGGCCAGCCCAGAGACAGUCCAUGGAGUCUGCUCACUCCUGCAGAAGGGGAGUACGGACUUGCAAGCAGCCAUCCUGACCUGGGUGAUCGAAAUGGAAGAUCGAAAAAACCCGGAUCUCAUGAAAGAACUGCUGCUGACACUGUGGGAGAAACUUGAGGAAGUGCUGAAAGGAAGGACCGACUGCACAUUUCUGAAGUUGUAUCUGGAGGCUUUUGUGCAUCUCAACAGCAAUCAGUGUCAGUUUGUUUCCCAUAAACCAUUUGGGCCUGCAUAUGCAGCAAGCAGAGGAAUCCUUCUAUCUAUGGUGGAAAGCGGCGAUUUCAGCCCAGAAAUCCAGUGUCUUGCUCUGUGUGUUCUGGCCUCACUCCUGACUGCAGGUUUUGAGGAUCUUACUUUAUUGGAACGGUGGUGUUUCAUCAUAGAAAGAUGCAGUGAGCCCUUUUCUCCAGAGGUGCUCAGAAUGGCUGCAGCAAAGUCACUUAAUAUAGCAGGAGCCGACAUGGUUUGGAGAGCUCGAGAAGACUCCAGCCAAUCUCUUUGCACCAUGGCAGUCCGCCUGAUAAACGUAGCCAUUUCUCUGCUCCAAGAUGAGGACCACGAAGUGCGUCUCGAAGCCACCAUCUUUGCCAGCCUCGUAGUGCAGCGACAGCCCCCGUUGGGGGUUUCCUCUCCAGGCGGAUGUGCUUUGCUUCACAGCAACAAGGGUUUGGUCAGUCUGUUCCAUCUCCUGGUGGAAGAGUUCUGGGUCUGUCCAGAAACCUUUGCAUGUUUGGUGCAUCAUCUCCCCAGUACCGAUCUCAGCGACACCUUGGCAGACCUGGAGGACAAGGGGGCUGUCAGCCUGUAUAAAGAGGACGAGCCAAACGUUUACGCGGAGCCAGCUGUCCUUUCCCAAAUGUUGCUUCCUUUCCUCUUCUGGUUGCUCGAUCGAGCAUCUGCCUCUCCCAGGCUUUGGGAGUCGAUUCAAGCCUGGCUGAAAGCCACCGGACCCGGGCUGUUGACGACUUUACAACACUGCAUGUCAUGGUGGAGCCAAGAUGGCAGCACUUCUUUGCACCUGAAAGCUCUGGGAAGUCAAAAGAUGCACGUUGCAGUCACGGCGCUGCUCGUCAAGGCUGCUCUUGUGGUCCACAUCCUGGAGAUACUGGAAGAGAAAGAGCAGCCCAGCAUUGAAGAAAUCCACUACAGCUCGCAAGAUCUGAAAGACACUGUUUUGGCUGCCCAAAAGGCACUUGCCCAGCAUGGGAUGGUAGUGACAGUCAAUGUGGAGAUAGAGCAAAUGGGACGGCAGGGAUAUCUUGGAUGUGUUUCAGUGACUAGCUGAGAACCUUUCACUGUUAUGCAGAUCACAGAACCUGGACAGCAGAUCACAUCUCUGUUUGGAGAGAAGCACCACAUCUUCUUUUCUAGACCUACUGCUGUAGGGAGCUAACACUAUAUAUAUAUUAUAUAUUUAUAUAUAUAAAAAUGGAACCAUGCGUUUGUUGCUUCGAGAAUAACCCCGCAUCUGCUGGCCCAAAUGCACUGAAAAUUUCACAGACCCUUACU